AUGACUACAGCUCAGAGAAUCCUCAAUGUUGGCGUUAUCGGUUGCGGCGAGGUCGCCCAGGUGAUCCAUAUCCCUACCCUAGGCUUCAUGUCGAGUUGGUUCCGCAUCACAUACCUCUGUGAUGUAUCCCCCGCAUCUCUCGCCCACUGCAAGGCGAAGAUUCCGAAUCUCGACCUCAAGACCACGCGUGAUGCCGCCGAGCUCUGCUCCUCGAAGGACGUCGAUGUGGUCAUGGUGAUCAAUUCGGACGAGUACCACGUGGAGCACGCUCUCCUGGCCCUCCAGAAUGACAAGCACGUCCUGGUAGAGAAGCCACUUGCGCUGACCAAGCGCGAUAUCCACGCUGUGAUUGAAGCGGAGCGCAAGAGCAAGGGCAAGCUGAUGGUGGGAUACAUGCGCCGGUACGCUGCACCGUUGGAGGAUGCGAUCAAGGAGAUCGGCGGGAUGGACAAGAUUCUCUACGCCCGAGUCCGAGAUAUCAUUGGACCCAACUCUUACUUCGUCGACCAGUCCGGAACCUUCCCUGGAAAGUUCAUUGAUUUCUCGCCAGAAGACUCAGCAGACAAGACUUCUCGCGCUGAGGCUCUAGUGAAGACCGCAUUUGACGAGAUAGGCGGAGUCCCCGUCACGCCAGAGUCGACGAGAUUAUGGCGCAUCUUUGGCGGCCUUGGAUCGCACGACCUAUCAGUCAUGAGGGAAGCCCUGGGUAUGCCGGAGAAGGUCGUUGGAUCAGCUCUAGGAUUCCCGUUCUGGAAGUACGUUAUUAUCAGUCCAUUUGUAUCUCGUGGUGCAGGCAUGAUGCUGACCUUGAAUCUUUUCAGCGUGCUGUUCCAGUACCCUGGGUUCACUGUGUCGUACGAAUCGGGGAUCGACAACAUCCCCCGCUUCGACGCCCAUCUCGAAGUUUACAGUGCAAACAAGGUCGUUCGAGUCCAAUAUGAUACUCCUUACGUCAAGGGGCUACCCGUGACAAUGCACAUUGCGGAGAAUGCAGACGGCGUGUACAAAGAGUCCACCAUCCGCAAAUCCUACGAAGAUCCAUACACAUUGGAGCUGAAGAAGCUUUGGAAGGUCGUAGUAGAGGGCGAGCCGGUCAAGACUACGGCUGAAGAUGCAUUGAAGGACACGGAACUUUUUGGCAUGAUCAUGAAGCAUGGAUUUGGCUCAGCUUGA